UUAAAAUUAUUUUGAAGUUUUUAUUUUCUAAUAUAUGUAUAUUGAGGUUUUUGUAGGUGGGGCAUGAAAGGGUUAACGUAAUUUUUCGACUUAAUGAUGACUUUUCUGCGAAAUCCGUUCUACCCAGUGACUGUUCACUCAAAUGCCUUUUUGAGAAAAACUCAUAUGUGUAUGAAUUUUUUGUUUUGUGGUUUUGAAUGCCGCGUCUUUCACCCUCAUCACAAAACCUGUUCCAACCAAUAGAAGAUUUUAUUUAACUUCUCGGUUUUAACUUCAUAUACAAGGUACAGCUCACAGUGCAAACAAUGCAGAGUUAUUUCUUCAGUGAAACAUAUUAGUUUUAAGCAAAGAAGUCGUACAUACUUUUAUGUGAUUAAAGUGAUUUAUAUUAAUUAUUGGCAUCAUUGCAAUAAGGUGUUUAUGCAAAAAGGAUUGAUCUGAUUAAUCGAAGCCUUGCCUUAUUUCGAAAACCGCAGUUGAUUAUUGUUUAACCCGAAAGAUGCCUAUUUAUUCAAAGAGUGCCAGAUGCUUUCCGAACGAAUGCUACAUUUGCAAAUCGAGGGACAAUUUAAAAAGAUGUGAAUGCAACAUGAUUUCCUACUGUUCAGAGGAUCAUCGACAACAACACCUAUCAACACACGAGGAUUUUUGCAAAGUAGUAAAAGAAUUGUUGAAAAUAAAGGGAAUUCAUCACGAGCUUAUUGGUAUAUAUGAUGAUACCGAAAGUCACGAAUUGACUACAAAAAACAGAGAAAUCCGUAAGCAAAUCAUAAAGAAACUGAAAAGAAAUUUUAGUCCACUGGAGAAUUUUAUGUUUUAUUCUCCACGAAUCUGUUUCAAUUGUCACGAAACAAAACAAAAGUAUUUGAUUAAUUGUCCACAUUGUCCAGUAGCGAGCUUUUGUUUCGUCUGUAAAAAUCAUAAAACUCAUGAUGAAUUUUGUAAAGUAAUGAAUACAUAUUUAAAAGUAUUAACAACGGCCGAGGAAUUUAAAAUUGAUUUAGGAUUUCUGUCUAGUUUUCCAUUUACUGGAGAGGAAUAUCAGAUCGUAGAUAUAGAUUAUCUUACAAUGACGUAUGGAAUAACUGGAACAAACAUAUUCGGAAUGCCGUCGAAAUUACGUAAAAUUUUUCUCAUUAAUUUUAUUGACUUUGCUUCAAAAAUUAAUAACGCUUUACAAAAAAUAUACCUCACGAUUCCAGAGGAAUUGACAAUUCACAUCGAUCACCUUACCUAUGAUAUUUCAGGCGCAACCGUUAAUUAUUGGGAAUUUCUCUUGCACCUUUAUCCACGGAUAAAGAAAUUAAAAAUUGUCAUGACUACAAUUCCAGAUCCAUCUGGAUUAAAGACGUCUCUUUGUAAAAAUUGUCAUUCAGAGGGAAGGAACUUCAUUCUUGAAGCUUCGCUAAAAUCCUACGAAGAUUACAUGCUGGAUGAAAAUUAUCAAGAACCGGACAUACUGUUUUAUCUUCAGAUCAAUAUUAAAACAGCAUCUGAAGAAUUUAAUAAGUGGAGUGAAUUAAAUUGUUCCAUUAUUCUGCAAUUCGAUUCAAACUCCAAUUUUUGUAAAGCACAACAGUUUCUCUCGUCGUCUAGAGCAAAGUUUCGAUUUAUUUUUGGAGGGAAAUUGGCAGUACCAUUCGCUACAUUAUCCUCAAUUGAAAAUGAAGAUUAUUUUAUAAUUUUACAAUCAAAGGGAGACAAAAAACUACAAAAAUCUGUUUGUUCGACAACUGGCGAAAUCAACAAGAAAACCAAUACACCUACUCCAUCGACAUCGAAACGUUAUGCAAUAGCUAUUUUCGAACCCGAAGAAGAGGAGGAAGGAGAGAAGAAUGAAAAAUCAAAAACUGAAAAUUGUAAAAAUAGUUCAAAAUCUAUCAAUAAGGAAUAUUUUGAACCAAAUGUCGAAGAAGAAAAAAUUGAAAAAAAGGACGUUAAAGUUAAUUCUUCUCCAUCGUAUCUAAUCGAACACAUUUCGUACCUUAAAAACGAAAACGAAGGCUUACGACAACAAUUAAAUUUAUCAGUUAAUGAGGUAACGAAACUGCAAACAAAACUCGACCAAGUUUCUAUUGAUUUAAGUAAAAAGAACACGUUAAUAAACAAAAUAUUACGCAAUAUUGUUGAUACUACAGACGCUAGAGACACUGAACUUGAAGACACAGAUUCAUUGUGUGAAAACAACAACGUUUAGUCCAUAUUUAUGGGCAUAUCUCUGGAACCUUUAACUUUCAUGUCCCUCGCAUAUAUUUCGAUAAUUUCAAUAACUUUUUACUUUAUUUUUGUUGGAAAUAUUAAAGCUUGAUAAGAUGAAUCAGUUCCAAAAGGUUUUACAUUAAUUUAUUAAAUAUAUCAAUAAUUAUUCCAAUCUGAGUGCCCGAUUUUUUACAAUAUCUACUUGUCCCUAACCAUACUCUCGGAUGGGUUAAACGAUAAAACUUUGUAAUGAAUAAGAGUUACUAAUUCUAAGACGCAUCUUUUUAAAGUUAAUUAAACAGUGAACACUUUUCCGUAUGAAAAUUAAAAAUUUGUUAAUUUUGAAAAAAGUUAUAAGCUUUCAAACGUUGUCCCUCACUUUUAACCUUUUUGAUCGUAAUCGAGAUAUUUAUCAUUUUUCAUUAAUAAGACAAAUGGCACAUCAAAAUGACUUACGGGAAAUAAAAGUUCAAAUUAUUAGAAUUAUUUUGAGACAUAGUAAAUUGAUGUGCCUCGUGUCUUCAAAAAACUGUUGUAAUUUAAAUAACAGAAAACACGCGCGUACAAAAUUUGAAAACGACCGUAAUUCGAGUGAUACUCCACGAAAAUCAAAUAAAAGUAUUUUAAAAGUACUUGUAAAUAUUUUCGCAUGUGCCAUUUAACAUCCAGUGAAUGUGCUUCAAGAAAAAAUACUUUAUUGCAAAGAUAAUGUAAAAAUAUUUGUCAAUUACGGUCGACCGUAAUCAACCAAAAGUUUUUAGAAAAGAAAUUGUUAAGUAUGAAGUUGUCGAUUCUCACUUUUUUAUAGAAACUGUUAAUAAAUAAAACUGAAGGUUAAGUUUCAAUGUUUAUAUUUUGAUUUUUUAGACAGAAUAAAUGAUCGAAAAAAAUAGGAUAUAUAAGAAAAAAGAAAAAUAGAAAAAAAUGAAUAGAAAUUGGAAAGUUUAUGAGUGUUAAAUUUAAAUAAAAUGUAUCUGGAAAUUGCAAGGUAAACUUUAUACAUUAUAAUUUCAUAUUUUUACAAUUCAGUUUAAUUAAAAUCUAUUUUUAAAAUAAAAACCAUUUUAAUUUUUUAGUAAUUCAAACAAAAAAUAAAAGAAAAGUAAUGUUAAUGACU